AUGGCUCGGGCUCAGGCUGGCUCUGGGAAGGUAACUCUUUUCCAGCAAAAAACACCGGGAGGCCUCACCUACCGCAUCCCGGCGCUGCUCUACCUGCCCUCUGAGUCCACAUUCCUGGCGUUUGCAGAGGAGCGCUCGACACCUAGAGAUGAAGAUGCUAAGUUCCUGGUGAUGAGACGGGGGCAGAAGGAAGGCAUGUCUGUCCAGUGGGGCCCCCCGGAGCCUCUGAUGACAGCCGUCCUGCCCAACCGCCGCACCAUGAACCCCUGCCCGGUGUUCGAGAGGAACAGCGGCACCGUCUUCCUCUUCUUCAUCUGCGUGGAGAGCCGCGUCACGGAAAGUCAGCAGAUCCGGGCGGGGAGGAACGCCGCCCGGCUGUGCUACGUCUCCAGCCAGGAUGGCGGCCGCACCUGGAGCCCCGCCACGGACCUGACCGAGCAGGUGAUCGGGGGCGACCUGAAGAACUGGGCCACCUUCGCGGUGGGGCCGGGCCACGGGGUGCAGCUCCGCUCCGGGCGCCUGGUGGUGCCGGCCUACGCCUACUACAUCCACAGGCGCUUGUUCGGCUACCCAGUGUCCUUCUGGAUCAAGCCCCAUUGCUUCACUUUCUACAGCGACGACGGCGGACGGAGCUGGCAUCGUGGCUGGAUCCUCCGGAGCGUGCGGGCGCUGGAGUGCCAGGUGGCUGAGCUGCAGGGCCAGGAUAAUAGCCCGGUGGUAUACUGCAAUGCCCGCAGUACCCACGGGUCCCGGGUUGAAGCCUUCAGUUCGGACGGCGGGGACCGGUUUGAAGAACACUUCCUGUCCAAGAAGCUGUUUGAACCUCCCAGCGGAUGCCAGGGAAGCGUGGUGACCUUUCCGGCCCAGUCGGAGCCGGGCCGUCCUCUCUCCCCCACUGAGAGCUCCAAGGCAUGGCUUAUCUUCUCCCACCCCACCAGCAGACACAAGCGGGUCGACCUGGGCAUCUACCUGAACACCUCCCCACUGGAGGAGGACUCCUGGAAGGCACCUUGGCUUCUGUACAAGGGGCCCAGUGCCUACUCAGACCUGGCUGUCUGCAAGGAGAGGCCGCUGCUCUUUGGUUGCCUGUUUGAAUGCGGUGUGCAAAAUUCGUAUGAAGAAAUUGCCUUCCAGCUCGUCACGGAUGUUGAGCUGGAGAGGAACACGCGGGAAGGCGCAUCCUGAGCCUUGGGACAGCUUCACGCGAACAUGCAAAGGGGAAAGGACCAAAUGAAAGAAAAAGA